UGAACUGAGGCAGAACACAGAAAUUGGUAACUACAGUCCACAGUUGCCCCUCCAGAGAAACUUCAGUUAGAAUUGUCAUACAAGAAGCUAUCUUUUAAUGGCAAAUGUCUCCGAAUGAAACAUGCACUGACAGCCAAAAGCUUUGACCUUCGGAGGGAUUCGCCACUUGGUAUAGUUACAAAUGAUGUAGCUGAAACAUCGUCUUUUGGAUUGGAAUCUUUUAGCUUGGGAUAGGGAAGUGAUUUUCACCAAAACCAAUAAAUUUCUGAAUCUUCUAUUCAAGGGAGGAGGAAGGAAAUUGCUUACCGGUACCUACAUGCAUCAACUCUGUGAGGAGCAGAUACCAAUUCUCAAAGGUGGGUUAGUCUGGUGUAUCAGAUCGCUUCACCCUGGACAGGUUUACCAUGAUCUGGGCGCUUUUUGCCUCCAAAUUCUCAUAUGGGUAUAAGGCAUGAUUAGUCCAUUCUCAUCAAACAUAGAGCAUUUGUGUCAGGCAAACUGAAAUUCAAUUGCUUUUCAUUUUCUCUCUGAACCAGGCUCUGGGUUUACUUUUGUCCGUCUUCUAGUGUUUCUGAAAUAGAAUUGAAGACCCCAGAAAUAGAAGAAACCAUGACCCAUUUGCUUUUUCUCUCUAAAUUCUCAUCUGGGUAUGCUUGAUCAUCUAGUUUUGACAACAAUAUUGCACAAAUUUCAAUGCUAUAAUGGAUACCCAGUCAUUUGGGCCAGGGAGUCCGAGGUCCUUCCUUGGUUACCCAAGAGGAGAUUUUGAUUUAGAAUCCGGAAUCACCAGAAAAGCCCGGAAACAGAAAAAUUUUCUAUCAGAUCCGUUGAAGAUGCUUAAAUCGACCGGGAAUCGCCUCCGAUACUGCUACAAACUACACCCGCUUCUGGUUUUCUUUCUUUCACUUUCAUUUGGAGUGACCAUUUUGAUUCUUUUGUCCAUGUAUGAGAGUCGGUACCGAAUGAUGAAUGCUCAAUGGAAAUUAGAUACGGAUCCAGAGUCCUAUCCUUUUGCGAAGCUUCAGAAUCUUGUAAUGGUCGCUGGACAUUCGGUCUAUACAAGUAGCAGUUGCGGCAAGGUUGAUCAGGAGGAUUCAUGGUUUCUAGAAUCUUAUCAGAAGCAUCCGGGACAAGCCACUACUUUCUUGACACAUAUAAAGGAGGGAAUUGAAAUUGCAGCAAAAGACGAAGGAGCUCUACUUUUGUUUAGUGGUGGAGAAACUCGGAAAGAUGCUGGUCCUCGGAGUGAAGCACAGAGUUAUUGGGCUGUAGCUGAAUCAAAAGGCUGGUUUGGCAAGCAAGGUGUGAGAUGGAGAGCACUCACAGAAGAGCAUGCCAGGGACAGCUUUGAGAACCUUCUCUUUAGUGUGUGCAGGUUCCGGGAACUCACUGGUGUAUAUCCUCAUAACAUAACCGUUGUAAGUUAUGAUUUCAAGGAACAGAGGUUUGCUCAUCUACACCGAUCUGCAAUUAGCUUCCCAGAGGAAAGGUUCUUCUAUUCCGGAACCCCAGCUUCAUCAACUUCACAGGAGGCAGCAAAUAAGGGCGAAGCAUUGGUGAGGACUCAAUUUCAAGAGGACCCAUAUGGUUGUAUAGGUUCUCUUCUCCGUAAGAAACUGAGGCGUGAUCCGUUCCACCGGUCAAUCCCUUAUCCUAAUGGGUGUCCAGAACUGGAAGGAUUGUUUAGAUAUUGCGGUGUAGCUCCCUAUCCAGGCAGCCUGCCUUGGGCUCCAUGAGUGUAAUGUAAUAUUAACCUUUGAACACCUCUUGUUCUCUGAGAUGGAAAUAGCACCUGUAUAGCUGUAACCUAACUGUUACACCAUGGAGGCUCUAUAGACACUGAAACCUCAAUUUUCCUAAUUUUUCUUCUUUCUCCCAACAGAGUCCCAUCGGCCAUUGCAGCCUUGCAUUGGGAGCAUCUCCAUUGUCCUUCAUUGCGAGAUAUUCCCUAUGCAUGGCUGCCAUGUAUGUUGGUCCCUAAUCUGGGACUCCUAGAUGAUUAUCUCAACAUAUGCUUUCUCAAGUUAAUUAGAGAAAAAUUUAUAACA